UGAAAAGAGUGUCUGAAAACCGAGUGAACAACUCCAAACGCAACAUCAAUCCCGAGUGUAAUCCCAAGAUUUUCAGAAAUCCCCCCAAAAAUCACCACGAGCCCCUCAUCACCAGGAAAAAAAGGCGGCUGUUGUCCCCCAGGUGUGUCCCCCCAGUGUUAUAUUUCUCUUUAUUCAACGGAAUAGUCAUGAAUUGGCAGAGGGUGUAGAAAGUCGUACGAAAUAUCCAGAGACCAAGGAAAAUCGCCAUUCGGGAUACGCGCCAUCUGUAUAGUGAGCCACCUAAUUCCUCUAUUUUAUCCUCUAUGGGGUUGAUGCGUGAUCAAAGAUACUUUUUUUCAAAAUAAUCGAGAUGUUUUUCUCCACUGCUCAAUCAAAAAAAAAUACCCCAAUUCCUGAUUAACCUGGAAUCAAUAUCGAGAUAUUUGUGAUUGAUUAUUUUAUAUCACUGGUAUACAAGAGUCGUUUAACCCCAUUCGUUGGACAUGAGUGAGCAAACUACAUUUAUUGGUGAUCCUGAUGACAAGAGGAGUGAAAAUUCGAGAGAGACUGGGAAAAAUGGAAUUUCCUUAGAUGAUAAUGUAGAGCUCAUCGAUGGGAAGAGUGUGAAGAAGAAGAAUGAUGUUGGAAAUGUUUCUGGAGACCCAAAACGGAGUAAAAAAUCUACAGGCGAACGGUCAACAGCCCCCCAGGAGUCGCCACCACGAGGAAAAGUGGAUCACAGCUACAGCGACAUCCACUCGACCCCAGAGAAGCUGUCACCCCCUGUGAAAACCUUAACAGACCUGAAGAAGGUCCUCCCAAAGCUCAAAAUUCAUCCCCCAGAGAUGAAAACUUUGAAGGACCUGUCCUCACCCCAGGAGCCCGUGAUCCCCGGGAAAUCACACCCCAUACAUACUCGAGAGCAGUUGAAAAACUACUGCAGAACCUGCGCAGGCCUGAAAAUUCCCCUGGUCGACAUUUUUGGUGAGAAAGGCCAGCAGAUGCGCCUGAACCAACAGAUGAAACAUUUAGAACAAAUCGACGAGCACGAUGGCCUCUCAACCCAGAUGUGCAUGGACUGCAUCUGCGACUUGAAGAUGAGCUACAAAUUCUUCAUGCAGAUAAAGAAGGCGCAGGUGAAGCUGAAGUCACUGGUGAGCAUUGAGGAGAAGUCGAGAUUAUCACCAGAUGGUCCAAGAAAGAAGUCAACACCAGAGCCCCUGAAACUUUCUACAAAGUCACCCACAAAAUCCACCACAAAACCGCCGACAAAACCCCUUAGUGAACCACCUCCAACGCCAUCUCCUCCAUCUGCUCCAUCUCCUCCACCUCCUCCACCUCCUCCACCUCCUCCAGCUCCUCCAGCUUCACCACCACUUACACCUCCACCACCUACGCCACCUCCACCGCCAGCGCCACUCUCACCACCCUCUCCACCUUCUCCAACCUUGUCACCUCCUCCACCAUCUCCACCCUCACCAUCUCCACCCUCACCACCUCCUGCAUCUCCUCCAACUUCUUCCCCUCCUGCUCCACCCCCGGCAUCAUCUCCACCCUCACCCCGAGCCCCUUCAGAGACCGAAUCCAUUGAGGAAUUCGACCCAGACGAAAAUCCCCUGGACACUGACGCCCUAGAGGAAUCAGAAAAUCUUGAUAAGUUGAAAAAAGAGUCACUUGAAAUGGAGGAAUCCGACCCCGAGCAAAUUUCCAUCGAUCUACCACCACAGGACACAAAAGCAGAGACACUUUACCAGUACGACACAGCCCUCAACAGUUACAUCAAGCUGGAACCGAGCUUGUUGCCUGCAGCAGCUGACCUGGAGGAGCUGGAGGAGCGAGAGCGGGUGAAAGUCGAAGAGAGGGACUCCGACAGUUGUCAGAGUCAUAAUUCCCUGAAGAGACGAGGAAGAGAUUCACUGGAGUGUCAGAGCUCGUCAGAGGGUGACCCUGUCCUCAAAUCGAGUGAUCCAAAGCUGCAGAAGCUAAUGGGAAGUCCUAUGAACGUUGCACCCUCCAACGAGGCGGGGAUUAUGUACGUGACUGUCAAGGGAGCAAAACCCAAUGAACUGCUUCUGGUGAAGGUCAAGAAGAUGGACAAAAAUGGAGAUAGGAAGGAGGAGAGCAAGGUGAUAAUGAUGAAGAAGCCCUUCGACCUGAAGACUCUUAAAUCCGGGGAAAAGAUUUUGAAGGCCUUCAAGUCGACCGACCCCCCGAAGGAAACUGUCAGGGGUGCAAUUAUCGAACAGCAGAUAGAGCAGUAUAAGAAAAAACGAGAGCAGAUCCUGGGAGGCACUGUUGGACUGCCAAAUGCCUUGAAAUUCGAGGAUGGAGCUGUGAGAUUCGUCAAUCCUGUUCAGAGAACACCAGAAACCUCAGAUGACGUGAAGCACGAGUCAAGUGAUGAUUCCAAGGGGAAAAGCAGAUUCAGAACGUACAGCUCGAUGGACUCAGAGGACAAUCGUCCCCUCUCGACCAAGGAAUACCUGGUGAAAUUUGCGAGGCUCAAGAGAAAGUGGGAGGAGGCCAAAGCCAAGAAGGCAGCUCUCCAGGAAGAGCUCAGUGCUUCCUACAGUGAGGAUAAUCUCGAGAAACUCACGAGAAUUCUCGGCGAGAGGGAGAAAAAUCUCCAGGAUUUUCAAGAUUACCUCAGACAAAGGAAAAUAGUAAUAACAAAGCUCAAGGACGAUGACAUAAUAUCCCUGUACGAGGGGAGAAGUAUGCUGAGUGAGCUGAAGAAAAAAUUUCCUGAUCUUAUCGACGUGGACAUGCCAGUGGAUGGUGUAACAGACACAAACUUCCUGGACUGCGACUACUGUAUUCAGACAUUUUCAUCUCUUGAUGUUCUCGAGGAGCACCUGAAGACCCACGACUUCAAGCUCAAUUUCUUCUGCGAGGACUGCGGCGAACAGUUCACCUCCAAUAAAAGUAAGAGAUCGCACAAUGUCACGUGCAUCAAGAAAUUAAUCUGUAAAUUUUGCGAUGUCAUGCUGGAAUCAAAAGGUAAAAAACGCCAGCACGAGCAGAAGCAUUGUGACAAUAUUUAUGGACAGCUCUGUGACAUAUGCGGUGAGAAGUUCAAGCACCAGGGUACCCUGGAUCAGCACAUAAAAACCCAGCACAUGAGCUGGGAGAAAGUCUUCGAGUGCCCCAAGUGCCCGAAGAAAUUUGCAUUCAGGCAAAAAUUGAGUUUUCACCUCAAGACAGUUCACACAACCAUGAGGGCGUACCUCUGUGAGGAUUGUGGUGCUGAUUUCAAGAAUCCAGCGUCGCUGAGACACCACAGGAUCAGGAAGCACCAUCCAACUGGUCACAAGAGGGAGUGUCCAGUGUGCCGCAAGAUGGUACCAUUUUACAGUCUUUCCAAGCACAUGUACACCCACAAAGCGUACACCAUUCAGUGUCCACACUGCGACAAAAUGUUCAAGAAUUCCUCGACGUUGAAACAACACGUGAGGAUUCACGAGGAUCAGCGUCAAUACAGAUGUGACACCUGUGGAGUUGGAUUCAACAGGAGAGAUGGCCUGCGACUCCACCUGAGGGUCCACCAGAAAACUGACAGCAGAGCCCUGAAGGAGUGCUCCUGUCAGAUUUGCUCUGAGAAAUUUCCCAAUCACUCGAUGCUGGUUAUUCACAGGAACAGGGUCCACAAGGAUGGUAAACAGUACACGUGUCAAAUCUGCAACAGAUCUAUGCUGUCGACGAGAUCACUGGAGUGGCACAUGUCUCAUAUCCACAAUGAGACACCACCUGGUGCAUCGUUGGAGGACGGUGACAGCAACUCCGACAAGAGACGAGUGACGUGCAAUCACUGUCUCAAGACAUUCAAGACUGAGAUGAUUCUCAGGACACACAUUAAGAACACACACAUGGAGAAAAAUCCAGUGAAGUGUCUGGAUUGCGAUGAGACAUUCACAUCAGAGGUGAGAUUGAGGCAUCACAUGAUGGUAACACACAACCGAUUGGAGGGUACACUCACCUGUCCCCACUGUCCCAAAAGAUUUGUCAAUCAACUGAGACUGAAGACCCAUAUGAUAUCACACUCUGAGGACAGGCCAUUCACCUGUGAGAUCUGUGGAUUCAACUUGAAGACUAAAAUACAGCUGAUAAAGCAUCACCAGAACAGACACAGCGACGAGAGACCACUCCAGUGCAGAUACUGUCCCUGGAGGUGUAAACAGGUAUCAGCUCUUGUCUGUCAUGAGAGGACACACACCAAUGAGAGACCCUACGCCUGUAUUGUAUGCAAGCAGAAGUUCAAGUAUCUGGGGGACAAGAACAAGCACGAGAGGAGGCACGAGAGUCUUGGUGGAUCUGGAUUUAAGAGAAUAGUCAGUGGACGAAAUGCCAAGAAGGGAGACGGAGAGGAUGAUACGUCUGAGGAGCAAGACCACGAUCACGAUCAGGAUCACGAUCAGGAUCACGAUCAGGAUCACGAUCAAGAUCACGAUCAGGAUCACGACCACGAUCAGGAGUUGGAGCAGGAUCAGGAGCUUGAUCAGGAGGAGAUCGAGCUGGAGAUGGAUCAGGAGUACGAGAUCGAGGGAGAGCUGGGGGAGGAGUUCGAGGAGGGAGAGGAGUUCGAUUCCGAGGGGCAUAUCGUCAAGUUCGAGACGCAGCAGGUCGAUGGGGAAUAUUCACAGGAGUACCAGCAGGAGUAUGAGACAUCCAGGGAGGCAUCAGAGGCUGCUGAAGUUAUUAUGAGUAUGGAAGAUGCUACUGUUUAUACUGAAGAAGUAACUGCUGAUAAUAUUGAAGCUGCUGAGAUGAUCACUGAUGAUAUCAUGACCAGUCAGAUACUUCAAAGUGGGACUGUCGUUCAUAUUCAGCAGCAGGACGAUGACGGAAAAAUUCAGGUCAUUCCUGUUAUGCUAUCAUUGCCUGAUCUCGGUGAUACUGGGACUGAGGUCAAUCUAGCGACUGCUUCUAUCAUGUAUAAUAGUGGGUAGACACUCAAAUUUUGAGGUCUCAGGAUGUGAAAGGGGUAAUUAGGAGUGAUGGCAUUGUGGAGAUGCUUUUGGAUGAAUUUGAUAUACUUGAGAUAUUUGUUGUCUUGAAAUUAUUCGUGGAGAAA